AUUUCCUGGAGAAACGUUGGCGUUGUGGGACGUGGAAUAGAAUUUCUGUGCCCAGCCGUUUAAUGAGGGCAACGUGUAUAAUUAAUUAAUCAAUUAAUUGUGAUUUGGGUAAAUUAUCGAUUUCACGAAAAAUUGGAAGUAGUAGGUUUUUCGAAUUAUUUCUAAUUCUAAAUUUUGCCCAUUUUGGAAGAGUAAAAUAAGAUAAUUAAGUAAUUAUUGGGAUCGUGCCAAGUAAAUAUUAUUGAUUUUGCGGAAAUAUUUAUAUUGGUAGUAAAUUUUUAUAGAUUUUUGUAUGUCGCAAUUUUGCCAAUUUUGGGGCCAAGAGUAAUUAUUGUGAUUGUACAAACUAUUUUAUUGGUUUUACGGAAAUAUAUUGGUGGAGGAUUUUUUUUACAAUUAUUUUCAUUUCGAAAUUUGGCAAAUUUUGGAGUCAAAUUGAUCAAGAAAUUAUUGUGAAAAAUAAUCUAUGCAGUCAAAGCAGAAAACAUCUCAUGUCACAUUAGAAUUAUUUAUUUCGACUUUUUUUUACUUUUGGAGUCAAACAUGUGCAAAAUCAAAAUUUGAACUGGGUAAAAACCGAGUGAAAAUAAAUAAAAUGUGGACUUUUUUCUGCGUAAUUUUGACUAUUUGUUCCUUUGUGAUCUCAACGCUGGUCUCCGGGCAGGGGACGACGUACCACAAAUGUCUGCAUUCUGGGUGGAUCCCGUACAAAAAUGAGAAAUGUUUGAAAAUUCUGAACCUGUAUGAAACGCAUUCCGCUGCGAUUUCCUCGUGUCAAAAGCAGCUCUUGUUUGACGACUUGAUCGAAGUCAAUUUGCACGCAACGCUGCUGCAGAUAAGUUCGAAAGACGAGGAGGAAUUCGUGGACAAAUUGCUCUUUAACAUAUCCCGAUAUGCGGAUAAUGUUUGGCUCGGCGCUGUGAGAGACGGACCACGUGCGCAGUUUCGCUGGCUGGACGGAACAUCCCUCAACAAUUUUUCGGUUUAUCAAAAAUGGGCGUAUGGAAAUCCGACGGGAGAUUUUAUGAAGAAUUGUGUCGAACUGAGGUCACGAGAUAAUCACAAUUUUAACUAUAAUCUGGGAUCCAGUGGCGGAAAUAGGCCGGCGUCGGCGGGGGCGUCAGGGGGCGGGGGAGAUCCGGCCCCGCCGAAUCCGAGUUCGUGGUGGUCGUCGCCCUCGGCGCCGGGUGGUGGGAGUGGAGGUGGAUUUCCAUCAUCUCCCGGUGCGGAUCCUGGACCGAAUCCAAACGCAUUUUUUUCGCGAGACCAAGGAAAUUGGUAUAACGUUCCGUGCACGAAGCAUAAUUUGGUCGUGUGCCAAAUUUCGCAACUCGUACCGGAACAAGUCGUGCAAUUGCAGGUCGUGAAGACGAAAAAGGAAAUUACAAAACUUCGCAUGGAAUUGGACGACUUGCGCCGACUUGUUGGCGAACUUGCGGCCAACGUUGUGACCGAUGUGCGACUUGGGAGUAAAGAGACGACGGACAUUUGGCAUGGGCCGGGAUUUCCGGACGGUGGGGGCUACGUCGUAACCGGGAUUAUGAACUGGGAUGAAAAUUCCUGCGCGGAUUCCGUUAGUCGGAGAAAGUUUCAGAAAUUUGUUAACGGUAAAUGGUACGAUGUCUACUGAGGAGAGAAAUUCACAAUCUUAAUUAAUUAAUGAAUUAAUGAAUUAAGUAAUUAAUAAUAAAGUAUUUGUAAAUAAAAUGAUAACAAUUUGA